AGCCAAGCACUGAAACAGAAAUUGCACGUAAAUGUAAAGAUGGGGGUUGAUAUUGGCACCUACAGAGGCCGCAUUGGUUCCUUCAACCAUCGCCUUAAACUUGUCGUCAAUGACAGAGACAAGUCUAGUGUCAACUUCGAUUGUGCUUUGAAGUGUAUCGGUUCGGUUGUAUUUGUAGGCCUACUGUUGGUACUUGCCGGCGUAGAACAAAAUCCUGGUCCUUUCGGAAAAGAUAAACCUUUGUACGAGAGGGUGCUGAAUAGGUCAUUACCAAACUUAGUUGAAAAGCUAAACCCGCAUCCGUUGUUGGACUAUUUAGAAGCAGAAGAGGUAUUACCACAGCACAUUGCCAGGGAUAUCAAAGAAGAAAAAACAACGUCUAAUGUUAUAAGGGAACUCAUAAAGUAUAUCAGAACAAGAGGUGAAUCCUUAUUUCUCACAUUAAAGAAAGGCUUGAAGUCAACAGGACAGGACGAGCUUGUGAAGAAUCUUGACGAUAUAGAGAAUGAGCUUCAAGCGGUCCAGCCAUCUGAUGACUCUGAUUCAGAAUAUUCUGAUGCACCAGACUAUGUAGAGCAAAUAGAGACUCGAAGAGAUCCUGAUGUUGACAGAAUUAUUCAAAGAUUUGGCUUAGUGAAUAAAAUGGACCAGAAAAUACAAGUUACAGACGUUGUUCAAAUAGACGUUUUUGGCAACUUAGACAAAAGAUAUUUUUUGGUAUACCAAAGCUCAGGGAAAUCCCCCGCUGCUCAACAAAAUGUUUGGAUGCAAAUUCCCACCCAGCCCCCGGUGGCCGAGUCCCCCAAGGGGAAAUCCCCAUAUAAAG